UAUUUCGAUGAAUGCAGCUGAUCGUUGUUGGCAGUUUUACAUUAUCUUUUAUAAUAAACGCAUAUAUCUUGUAAAUUGUGAUAAGCAUGCAAAUUGCUAUUUCAAAUAUAUAAAGAUUAAUUUUAUACUAUUUCCUUUAAUUUUCUACAAUUUUUUCAAACAGGUCUGUGGUGUAUAUCUAGAUACAUAUAUCAAACAGAAAAAGAUUAUUAAGUUGAUGUAACAAAUAUAUAUAUAUAUAUAUAGAAUCUUAAUAUACAAACAUGGUCUUUUGUACCAAACUAUUAUUAAAAAAUUGUAUAUGUUUUUAAAGGAUUUAUUUACUUAAUUUUAUUUACAUAAUUUUAGAAAAUCUAAAAUGUACAUGGAGAUUAUUCAUAAAUCUAUUAUUAUUUGCAUCGUCUAAAGCUCAGUGAAAGAACAACUUACUUUUCACAUUCUUGGAGGGUGGGAAAUUUAGAAAUGCAAGUUAACAUCACUAUUAUCAAAUUGAUUUUCAAUUUAAUUAUGUUUUAAUAUGAAAGAAUUGUGUGAAUUUCUCCAAAAGUAACGGUGCGAGUUCAAAAUAAAUUAAAACAUACAUAAAUAUUAUUUCAGCACGAAGACCUUGUUAUGAUCGUCUAAACCCAUUUUCAGUUAAUUUGUUGUGAACAAAUAGUUAUUCUGCAUUGGAAAAUUAAAGCUCUGAUAAAAUAAUAUUUUUAAAUUAUUAUUGAUCAAUGCUUAUUGCAUCUGUUUUUCAUUGCAGACUGCAUACUGCACGGGAAUACAAAAAGUAUUUCCAUUGACAUUGUUUACAACUAAGGUUUUUCUUACAAUCUACAUUGUUUUCUUACAAUCUGAAGUUGACAAUAAAUAAGUUGACAACAGAUAUGAAACUUAUUCUACUUUCACUUAUGCUUGUAACAUUCUCAGAGGGAAAAUCGCGAUUCUCGCAGGACAUGUCAUUUCUUCAAAACCAAUUUCUAAAUAUUUUAUUUCCUAAGGAUCCUGGUAUAGUGAAAGUAAGAAGAAUGAAUCCAACCGAAGGAAUAAUGAGCAAUGCAGUACUGGAUUUUAUUGGUAUGGUAGAACAAUACGGUUAUCCUGCUGAAGAGCACAAUGUUACAACAGAGGAUGGUUAUAACUUGAAAAUACAUAGGAUGCCUGGAAGUCCAUUACUGGAUAACAAUAUAAAGAAGAAAGUUGUAUUCCUUCAACACGGUCUUUUCGCUUCAUCUGAUAGCUGGGUAUGGUAUGGUCCGGGAAAAGAUCUUGCGUUUCUAUUGGUAGAUCAAGGAUAUGAUGUAUGGAUCGGCAAUAUGAGAGGAAAUACUUAUUGUAGAUCGCAUGUAAAUAUGACGAUAUACGAUCGCAAAUUUUGGCAGUAUAGUUAUCACGAGGUUGGAACAAAAGAUCUGCCGGCUAUGCUCGAUUAUAUUUUAAAUUAUAGAGGGGAAAAGGAUUUAUACUAUAUCGGUCAUUCAAUGGGAACUACUUCAAUAUUCGCUCUUUUAUCAACAAGACCGGAAUAUAAUGUCAAAAUAAAAAUGGCCAUUUUAAUGGCUCCAGUUGCUAUUUGGCUGAAAACAUUACCUACAAUAUACGCACUUGUUGGCGUCGUGUCAAUAUUAAAGCCAUUUCUAGAAAAGAACAAAAUAUACGACCUUUUUCCACAAUCUUUAGCGACUCUUAUGUUAGCAAGAUUAUGUAAAGAUAAUACGGCAACUCAGAUUAUUUGCAUCAAUCUAGUAUUUGCAUUUGCCGGUCCGGAUCCAGAACAACUUAAUACUACAACUUUGCCAGAAUUGAUUUCUCAUUUCCCAGCUGGUUCUUCUUUACAAGCAGUACAGCAUUAUUACCAAAAUAUGGGUACAAAAGAUUUUCGACAAUACGAUUAUGGAGAAGAUGAAAAUUAUAGACGAUAUCAACAAAAAACUCCCCCUUUAUAUGAUUUUAAAAAGAUUACUGCUCCAAUCGUUUUGUCUUAUUCAGAUAAUGAUUACCUUGUUGCAGUAGAGAAUGUGCAUGAACUUAGCAAACGCUUACCAAACGUUCUUCUAACUGAAAAAGUUCCAUAUAAACUCUUCAACCACUUAGAUUUUAUUAUUGCAAUAGACGUUAAAACUCUUUUAUUCGAUCGUUUAUUAGAAUUAAUGGAAAAGUUUGAUACUAAUCAAAAUAUAUCUAUGAAAUAAAUUGAAUUAAAAAAUAUAAAUCUUUUUCUCACGCAAUGUUAUAAUUUUAAAUGUUUGUAAUAACAAACUACUUAUAAUAUCUUUCAAAAAAUCAUCAAAUCAAAUAUUAAGUUGAUGCCAAUGAAUUUACCGUAUCUUUAAAUUGAAAAUAUUAGGCUUAAAAUUUGCUUUAUUAUUUGAAAUAGUAUCCAUUUACUUCUGCCAAUAUGAUACGACUCACAUAAUGCCAAUCUUUAAUACCAAUCUUUAACAAAUUAAAACGGCGACAUCAAUGAUGGAGGAUACAAACCCGAAGUAAAUUGUCGAGGUUUGUGUCUCUGCAUCAAAACUUUUCGAAUCAACGCAAUGCCUCGUUGUCAUUUUAGUGGCAAAAACUUCGCCAAAAGCAGUAUUAAUGUUUCACAGUGCUUUGAUAUUUUUACUGAAUUUAAACUUGUACAAGUAUAAAUUAAAUAAGCUUGUUUAUUUUCCUUGUUGUAAAAUUUUGAUUUAUAUAUUUACGAAAGAAGAAACUGAAUACUUCAGAAAAACGAUUGUUUUGCUGAAUAAAAAAUUAAAAAAGAAAAGUUAGAAAUUGUUGCUUGUGCAAAGAAUUUGCGCGCGGUAAAUGUACAAAGAGAAUUACGUACAAAUGCAUUUCAUGUAGAAGAAAGUUGUUGAAUGUGUACGGGUCUUCUAAAGCAUGUCUAUUCAGUAUUUUACACUUUUACUUUAUAUAAGCAACGUUUAGUGACAACAAUAAAAAGUAAAUCAAAAAUAAAUAAUAUAGACAAAAA